AUGAAUUCGUCACAGGCGGGUUACUUCGCGAAGCAGGGGCUGAGCAUGCUGUACAAUGCCACUGUAACGAGCGUGAGUGCGAUUGCAACGGGGAUAAACAAGGCGUACCAGACGUACACGGACUACUACGAGCGUGACCAGAUCGAAGCCCUUAAGAAAUCCGGCAAGCGACCAGCCGACAACCUCUAUCUAGUGCUGCAGCGCUUCCAGUACCUCUGCAUGGCUGGAUACAAUAACGAGGUCGCUGCUGCCGCCCAAAAGGCAGCUGCCAAGCUGACGGCAGGAGAGAAGAGCUCAGUGGCUCAUGAGACGCUACUUCUUCUGACCCGGGUGCUGACAUCAGUGUCGCAGCGGUACGGCGAGCAGUCAGGGCAGGGGUGGGGGCUGCAGGACUUUCUGAACUCGUCUCGCAUGGGCAAAGACCACUUUGACCGCGACCAGCUCGUCACUGACUUCUACUUCGCCAUCCUCUUCGUGCAGGACGUGUGUGGGGGACCUGGGCCGCAGUUUGAGCAGGCCAUUCGCGAGGCAACAGGGAGGCUAGUGGAGGGGGAUAAAUACGUGGGCGAGGGAGGGGGGUUCUCUGGCGGCGGUGCUGCUGCCUUCGGUGGUGCUUCCUCCUCCGUGCCCUCCUAUGCCGCUGUGCCGUCAGCCAGCGCACUGCCUGCUGAUCAAGACCCCAAGAAGAAAGCGAUGAAGGUGGUGCAGGUGCUAUCCCAAGCCGUGCGCAAGGCAGCAGAGGAUGCAGACGGGCGCAAGCAGCGGUCGCUCAAAGAAGCAGAGGAUAUGCUUCGGCGCGAGAACGAAAAAGCAGCUGCUGCUGCCGGCGUGGGCUAUGCCGCACCUCCCGCCAAGCCUCUCAGCAGCUUCGGCGGCGGAGCCUCGGCAGCAGCUCCGGUGGGCGGGUAUGGUUCGGCAGGUGGUUUUGCGGCCAAGCCCAGUAGUGUGUCGAACUGGAGUGGGGGGAGUGGGGCUGCUGCUGCUGCGCCCAGCCCUUGGAGUGGGGGAGGGGGGAGUGCAUUGGGGGGACCUGUAGGGGGAACGAUGGGGGGAACGGGGGGAAGUAGUGCUUGGGGAGGGGGGAGUGCGAGUGUGGGAGGGGGAGGGGGUUUUGGAGGAGGUAGUGGUGGUGGUGGGGGGUGGGGUGGGAGUGCUUCGACAGGAGGGGGAGGGGGUGCGUGGGGGGCAGGGGGAGGGCAGGCAGGGGGGAGUGCAGGGGGGUGGGGGGGGACGACAGGGGGAAGCACGACGGGAGGGAGUUCUGGGUGGGGCACUGGCACUGGUGGCAGCUUGAUCUAG